CCUCCCACUGGGGUACGUCAUGUCCAGUAUAAAGGCGGGAGCUGCCCGUUCCUCCGCAUACCGCAGCAUCGUCGGAACUCGCUCGGGCCUUGGAGGGUCACAUUUACCCAAAACUUCUUUUCAAAUGGGCCCCGUUGCCUAGCGUUCACUCCCCCAGCCUCGCCGACUGAUCGAAGGGAGUGCUCCCGAACAUCAAGCACGUCUGGGUCCGCACAAGGGUUCCAUCAGCACAGUGUACAGCGACCAACGGCCCAACAAUGGCAGCUAUCCCAGCAGGAGGGUCUCUCGUGGCGACCACUGAUUACUACCGAAGGCGCAUCGGCUCUACGUCCAGCAGCAGCUCGUGUGGCAGUUCGGAGUACAGCGGCGAGGUCAUCCCUCACCAUCCGGGACUGCCCAAGCAGGACUCCGGCCACUGGUGGUCCACUUUCUUCUUCGGGAAGCAGCCGGGGAUGACCCCACUGACUGAGGAGGCGCAGCACAAGGCGGGGAUAUCUGGUGUGGUGACUAACGGUCAGAUCACCUGUGUCGCCCGGGAGAUGGUGAUGCAGCGGCAGGCGAGCGAGAGCAGCGACGCGGGAAGCCCCGUCUCCUCGUGAUCCCACGGUCUCUCUCGGUCUUGCCACCACACCUGAUUGGGGGGAAUCGAACCAUCAGCCAACGCUAGGUGACGGGAGGAAGUCCCGUUUACAGCCUUAGUUUCUUUUUUUCCUUUUGUACGUGUCGUAGUGUGGCUGCGUGUUCUGUUCCUGUAACCUCACUUUUUAAAUUAAUGACCAAAAAUAAAAAAUAAAAGCAGCCGAUAAGCUCUGUUUGUUUUUAACAUUUGUAAUGUGUUUGUAUUCAGCCUGAAGGUGGCGCUGCCACAGGCUUUUCUUAACUUUUCUCACUUUGUCACUGCAAACGAAAUAAAGUCGAGUGCAUCCCGA